AUGGCUUCUUCAAACGAAAUCCCCAAUUUGAGAUCUCUUCUCGGUCAACGUCGUGGUGGGUCGUCACGAGGGAAUGGACGUGGAAGAGGUGGAUUUGGAGGUUCUAGCGAAGAACGGGCGCAAAUACUGGAUAAUGCAGUCAAGGGUACAGAUCAAGAUGCGGCGGGGAGCAGGGUGAGCUGUGUAGAGCUCGGAUAUCUUCACGACCCAUAUGCGAAGCUGUUUGCGACACAGCAGACGACGAGGAAGUUGCCGUUGCUCAACAGAGGAACCUACGUUCGCACAUCUGCUAUCGAUCUGCUGGUCACCAAGUUCCUGGUCACCAACCCCGACUCUCCCAAACAGAUCAUCUCACUUGGUGCCGGCACCGAUACUCGCUUCUUCCGCCUCGUUGAUUUAUACCCUCAAAUGCGCCUGAUAUACCAUGAGAUCGACUUUUCCACAAACACCCUAGCCAAGAUAGCUGCCAUACAGAGGCAGCCGCAACUGUACCAGAAGCUACAGAGUGCACCGUCGAGUUCGACGUCGUAUCACUCCGAGACCUACAACAUCCAUGCGCUUGAUCUGCGCUCUCUGGCCGAUCCGUCGAACGAGACACCGCUGCCUCAGUUACCAAAUGUAGACCCAAGCAUACCCACAUUGAUCUUGUCGGAGAUGUGUCUGGUGUACCUACAACCACCGACAGUGCAGUCAAUAAUGUCGUCACUCCUGACCCAUUACCUACAACCUACAACGCCCGCUUCUCUCAUACUCUACGAGCCCAUCCUCCCCCAAGACGCCUUCGGUAGGACCAUGAUAUCGAACCUCAAGUCCCGAAAUAUACACCUCCAUACAUUGAUCGCAUAUCCUGAACUCGGCGACCAGCGGGCACGUCUACGGCAAUACGGUUUGACGGCUGGGGCCAAGGUAGCCGACACGAACACGAUUUGGCGGGGAUGGAUUAACGAGGAGGAAAAGGAGCGCAUUGCUGGUUUGGAGUUCUUGGAUGAGUUGGAGGAGCUGGAAAUGCUUCUUCGACAUUACUGUGUUGCUUGGGGUUGGAGAGACGGCGAAAGCGAUGUCUUCACCAAGGCCUGGGCGGAUGUAAAGGAGUAG